CUUCAAGAUAAGAUAGAAAAGUUUCAUAAUCAAUGGUUUAUUACCCGCUAAUCAAUUCUAUAUCAGCGAAACCAGAAAAUUCAGAUAAUGGCUUGAAGACUCUGAUAUAUAGAAAUAAUUUCUAUUCUUUUUAUUGUUUGAUAUAGAAUAUUUAUGCGCAAUUAGAGAGCAAUAAAUUAAUCAUACUUAAUUUGAGUACUAAUGAUAGCCGAUGCAGACGUGUGAUUUGCGAAGCUGAUCACUUUUGAAGACCAUAUUAAAAUUUCAAUUUCUACUUGACGGAAAAAACCGCGGGCUAGUAUAAAAGUCCACGCAAUCUUCGUACGACUAAGAGCGAGUAAGACCAACCAAUAUCACGUAAAAUAUCGCAUAUCAUAUACAAAGUGAAAUAUUGCAGUUUGAUACCUCCACUUUUCGCUUUAUAACAAAACAAUAUGGAAAUUUUAUGAAGAGCUCUAAACAUUUCAUUCACAUCGCUAUCCCUGUUGAAGAGUGUUAAGAAUAUAAGCAUUUUUUACCAGAAAAAGUAUUUUAUGCUUCUCAAAUGCCUCCAAAUACUCACCAAUCAAAAAUUUUACGUGUGGAACGCAUUGGAACGUGUUGAAAAAUAAUACCAGUUUCACCAAACGAAAUUUGUGUCUCCUAAAAUACCGUCCAAUACUCAGCUAGACAAGAAAUGAGUGUGGAACGUAUUGAAAAAAAAAUAGUUUUCACUUUUCAAAUGUCGUCCAAUGUGCGCCUAAAUAAGAAUUCAGUGUGGAACGCCUUGAAACGUGUUGAAAAAUAAAGCUGUUAUCUCCCAAAUAAUUCAUAAUACCCACCUAGAAAAGAAUAAAAUGUGGAAUGUAUUUAAAAAUAAAAAUUAGUUGCUAGAAGAAUAUGUCUGACUACCGAUAUGUACCCCAAUAGCAAUAUUGAAAUGAAUAUAAUGUGGUACGCAUUGGAAUGUGUGGCAAAGUUAAAAGCCUUUGUUCCUAAUAGAAUAAUUUUAACUUCAUGCCUCACUAUUCUAUCAAAGAAACGUGUGGAACUGAUAUGAAUGAACAUGUCAAGUAUCCAAUCAUUAAAGAUUUAAACUUAAUCGAUCUCUAAGCAAAUAAUAAUAAAAAAGUUUAAAAUUAUAUUGCAAAAUAUUUCGAGUGUGUUUAAAACAGCACCAACAAUUUUUUACAGUGUAGCAAAUUAACAGUGUAUUGUAUUAUUUUCCGCUCAAAGAACACACAAAUUGUCGCUAAAAUUUGUGGCAAAGAAAUGCAAAUUUAAUCAUUUUUUUCCUCAGUUUACACUUUAUCACCUCGAGUGUGAAAAGCAAUUGAAGCUAAAGCAAUGCCAUAACGAACGCCAACAACAACAAACAUCAUUAACAACAAUAAAGUCAAUUGAAUAAUAUUUUCUGCUAAAAAUAACACGACUCACACGCGACUAGAUGUGUUGCAUGUAAAAAAGCAAAAAUACAAUAAAUAAGUACAACAAAAAUAUAAAAAACAAUAACAACGCAAGGCAAUAUACAAUAAAAUAUAACUGUAUGUAGUGACUAAAGUGAAAACGAAAAUAAAUAUUAAAUAUAGCACAACAACAGCUUAUCCAAUAAAAACAAGCACACACACACACACAUAGAAAGAAACAUAAAUACACACAAGUGUCUAAAUACGUUAAGGGAAUAUGUCUAAAUAUCAGCUGCUACUCGAACCGUCUGCCACCGGCGAUGAAGAUGCGGCCACUACAGGCGUAGACAACAAUGCAAUAAUAACAACAACAACGGCAACAAAUACAAAUCUCCAUCAUGCCGCCGAGAACCUACAGGCGCUGCUCUACACCGACAGCAGCAACGAAUCGAGCAGCAGCAGCGGCGGCAGCGGACAAGGGCGCACUACACGGAGCAACAACAACAAUACCAACAAUAGGAGCGGCAGUCAAAGCAAUAGUAUGAAUAGUCAUAGCAGCGGCAGCACCAGCAGUUGGGAGUACAGUCCCUUCGAUAGUAUAAGCACAAACAAUAACAACAACAACACUAAUCAGACAAAAGCGGUUGUGAUGUCAAGAGCAACACCGACUACAACGACAACAAUGUCAACAGCAGCCUUGAGUUUAGCCGACAUGGAAGCGAAAACGUCAUCAACAUCACUAUUGUUGGACGCUUACGAGGCGGAUGACACAACGAUGGAGGUGCCACUGCUUGGCGGAAAUAACAAUGCCGAUUACCAUGACCACGCACACCAGCACCAGCAAUUCAACACCGCUUCCGCUGCCGCCACCUGCCAUUGCCAAUUACCCGGAUUUGGCGCAAAUCUGCAUACAAAAUCUACACAAGAUGCGAAAUUCAAAAUUUUAUUAGCAAUUACGCUGUGCUGCGUUUUCAUGAUUGUUGAAUUCCUAGGCGGCUAUAUGGCCGGAAGUUUGGCUAUCAUGACGGAUGCCGCCCACUUGGCGUCCGAUUGCAUUAGUUUUGUCAUCGGUUUGGUGGCUAUUUGGUUGGGCGGAAGACCGCCCGAUGAUCGUAUGACCUUCGGCUAUAAACGGAUGGAGGUGAUGGGCGCCAUUGUAUCGAUAUUAGGUAUUUGGAUACUAACCGCAACACUAAUUAUUGUGGCCAUGGAACGCUUAUACUCCAAUGACUUCGAUUUGAAUGCCAAAACUAUGAUGGUUAUAUCGGGCAUUGGCAUUUUAAUUAAUAUCGUCAUGGCGUUCAUACUCCACGGCUCAUCGCUAACGCAUGGCGCUGCUCACGGUCACAGCCACGCACACGCACAUGCGCACUCACACUCCCACUCGCAUGCGCACGGCCAUUCAGCGGCGGCCGGCAAUGGUUUGUUGCAAGCGAAUGGUUCAAAUGGUGGUGGUGGUGGCAAUGAAUUGAAAAAAUGCGACACCGUUGAGAACCUAAAUCUGCGCGCCGCCAUGAUACACGUCAUCGGCGAUCUGGUGCAAAGCAUUGGCGUAUUUCUCGCAUCAUUAUUAAUUCUAAUUUAUCCAAACGCGAAAUAUGCCGAUCCGCUGUGCACGGUUUUAUUCUCCGUUAUCGUUUUCAUGACCACUGUGCGUCUAUUUCGGGAAUCGGUUGCUAUUCUGUUGGAUGCAGUGCCUUCAUCGAUAUCACUGAAGAGUCUAGCGUUGGAUUUAGGCAACAUUGAUGGCGUUAAAUCGGUACAUCAUUUAAAUGUCUGGAGCCAUACGAAUAAUCACAGCGUCAUGAUGGUGCACUUAGUUAUUGAUUUCCUCUCGGACAGCAAUACGGUGCUGCAGCGCGCCACACAAGUAGCCUGUGGCAGCAAGUACGACAUCAAACAUUGCACCAUACAAAUUGAACGCUCUUCGACCGCAUAAUACCAAAAACUAUUUGCACUAAUACAAAUAAGCCAGAGAGCAUGCUUGUGUGCAGCGAAGAAAGUAAAUGAAAUUAAAACUUGUAAUAAAAUCAUUAACUUUAUGAUUUUUAACGCCAAAGACUGAGCCAACGGAUUAAACGAGCGUUGGACGCCUUGCCAGACCAAAGAAUGUGGCGGGAAUGUGAAAUUAAAGUUUAAGCAGUUGGGAGUGGUGUUUGGAGUGAGGUGAAAGGGGAGAAGUGGAAAUGCUGGAGAUAAACAUAUGUAUAUACAUCUCUAUAUAUACAGUGUGUUACUCACAUUUGAGCGCUUGAAGACACUUGGGGUAUGCGGCUAUGCCACACUUGCGAUGCAUUCAAGCUGGCGUAAUUCUAUUACAGACAAUUGACGAUGUCAUCAAAUGCUCUUCACUAAUUGAUCGUUAAAUUUAUUACCUCUAUGACUGGGUGCUCGGCAUGCGAGUGCGCGUGGCAGUAUGUAAGGGCGCUUAUAUAUACACAACUGUGUAUAUAAGUCACAAUUUAUACAUUUCACGCGUGUGCUUCAUACAAUUUGGUGCGAUACAUACUCAUAUACACAUACAAAUCACAAAGCAUAUUCAUUUAUUGCCAUUAUUUACUAUUACUAAGCGUGAAGCGUCAAAGUUCGCGGCUAUAAAAUAUUAUAAUAAAAAAAUAAAUAA